GCGGCGGGGGGUUCCGGGGCCGCCGCGCCGGGGCCGCCUCCUCGGCCUCCUCGUCUUCCCCGGCAGCCGCCGCUUCGUCUUCUUCCGCGUCCUCGUCGUCCAACCCGCGCAAGUUCAGCGAGAAGAUCGCCCUGCAGAAGCAGCGGCAGGCCGAGGAGACGGCGGCCUUCGAGGAGGUGAUGAUGGAGCUCGGCACCACCCGGUUGCAGGCUCAAAAGUUACGACUGGCGCACAGCCGAGGACCUUACUACAGCGGAUCGCUGCCCAACGUCAACCAGAUCGGAAGCGGCGCAGCAGAGUUUCAGGGUCCCCUCCAUUCUCCGCUGGACUCGGCCCGGGGCACACGGCACCACGGCCUGGUGGAACGGGUGCAACGGGAUCCCCGCCGGAUGAUCUCGCCGCUGCGACGUUACGUACGACAAAUCGACAGUUCUCCUUACAGUCCGGCGUACCUGUCCCCUCCUGCUGAGCCCAGCUGGAGAAGGACGAUGCCGUGGAGCAAUUUCCCCAUGGAGAAAGAACGCCUGUUUCGACUGCCAGCCUCACUCAACAGAACAAAUUCGGACUCGGCCCUGCACACCAGCGUGAUGAACCCCAACCCACCAAACGCCUACCUGGGACCCUCCCAGGCGGGGCCCCCUCCCAAUCGUAAGAGCGGUUACCUAGAUACAGAUACGGAUAGCAAAGUGUUCCUUUUCCAAGUGCCUUCCAUCGAAGAGAGCUUCUUGGACGACGGGAAGCAGUCGCUGAAACCUUGGGACACCAAGAAGCUCUCCUCCUCUUCCGCCCGUCCCCGAUCCUGCGAGGUGCCUGGAAUCCACAUCUUCCCGUCCCCUGACCAGCCUGCCAACCUGCCCCCCAUCCCAUCCACCCACAAUACGGGAGGAUCCCUGCCAGAUUUGACCAACCUGCACUUCCCUUCUCCGUUGCCUACGCCCCUCGACCCGGAAGAGUCGGCCUAUCCCAGCCUGAGCGGCGGAAGCAGCACCGGCAACCUGGCCAACACCAUGACGCACCUGGGUAUCAGCGGCGGGAUGGGCCUCGGCCACAGCUACGAACCUCCAGGGCUGUGUUCAUCUAUGCAGAGCUCUCUCAGUAACCCCUGCCUCCAGUCCUCGCUUAACGCCCCCGCCCUGCGCCCGGCGCCCUCCCACCUCAGCAGCCAGUCCAUGCCUUCCUCCCUCAGCACCCCCUCGCUGUCCACCUCCCUCAGCAACCCUUCCCUCCCCACCUCGCUGGGCGCCCAUGUGAUGCCGCCCGUCCCGCCUAACCCCCGGCUGCCCCCACCGCACCACCAGCCUCCCCCCGGCUUUGGGGGCCCGGCCUCCUCUUCCUCCUCCUCCUCCUCCACUGCUUCGUCCCCGGCUGCCUCCUACGCCCCUCUGAACGCUUCUCCUCGGCGCAGGGUUCCCCUCAGUCCCCUAACUCUCCCCAUGGCUGGAGAUGCGAGACGACAGCACCCCAAACAGUUUUCGCCAACCAUGUCACCCACAUUGUCUUCCAUCACCCAGGGUGUACCGUUGGACACCAGCAAGCUCCCUGCAGAGCAGCGGCUUCCGCCCUACCCUUACAGCCAGCCAGGCGUGCUCCUUCAGCACAGCCAAAAGUCCCAGCACCCGGUGCCCGGAGGAGUCCUUACCUCUCCUCAAACCCGCCAGCCGUCGUCUCAACCGCCCUGUCCCUACACGGCACAUUACCAGCCGAAUUCCAUGCUCCAGCACCAGCUCAACCAGCCGUUGGGUGACUUCGGCUUCGGCAACUUCGACCAAUAUGGCUUUGUCGACAACAUGACGGGAGGUUUUGCCUUCAACAGCAACGCCUUCGCGGAAGACAUGGGUGCCUUUAAUUACUCGCCGGGCGACAACAUGGGACCGCCGGCGGGUGGAGGGGGCGGCCACAGCAGCAACAGCACCGCUAUGAAUGAUCCCCACUUACUCGGUCGUCAGAACCUGAGCAAUUGCAGCCGUUACGGUCCUGUUCCUAACAUCAUUCUCACAGGGGAUUCCUCGCCUGGCAUCUCCAAAGAAAUCGCCAGCGUCCUGGCGGGCAUGCCGGGCUUCGAAAUGGACGCGGCUUCCCUGGGCCUGGACGAGGACCUGAAGAUCGAGCCGCUGAGCUUGGACGGACUCAAUAUGCUGAGCGACUCUUAUGUCUUGCUGAGCGACCCGUCUGUCGAAGACUCCUUCCGCACCGACCGGCUCCAGUGAACCAGAAGGGGUUGACCAGAGACACCCCAACCCCAAAACGCCACCAACUCCCACCCACCCACCACCCCCGACUCUUAGCAGGGAGAGCGGGACCCUCGCGAGCCGUGGAGAAUCAAACGGGCCGCGUUUGCCAAUCCUCGGGGGGGGGGAUCAAGACAGAAGCGGACGAUUCGCGCUUUGCUUCCUCCCCGUUUUCCCAAACGCCGCGUUUCCCCUCCUCCCCACAAACACACACACACACACACACACCUGGGGGGGGGGGGGGCGGGCCCCGCCCCUGUAGCUGCAGGAGCUUGACCGCUCCUAAGCUUGGCCGAGAGGUUCAGCCCGGCCCUGGGGUCAAAGGACUCGAGGAGCAGGGCAACGAGACCGCGGGAUCCUUUCACACGCACCCGGUGUCGGAUGGACCGUACGAGCAGAAGAAGCGAGGAAGGAGGAAUCCCCUUCCCAGAUGUAUCCGGGUUGGGCGAGACCGGGGUGUGGGUGUGUGCGUGUGGGUGUCACUUUCUGAACCCCCCCGAAUCAAGGAACGGGGCGAUGUGAAAAGCAUCUCGGAUGUCUUUCGCCCCGCGUCUCGUUCCCCGACAAGGUGGCUCCCGGAGGGAGGACAGAAGAGAGAAUGUC